AUGUAUCGCCUCGAGCAUGUCGAGCCAAUAAAUGUGUGCGCAGUAUUUCCGGAGGUGUGUUUGACGGAGGAUGAGGAGCUGCGCCCCGCGAACGACGCAGACGGUGACCUCUUCUCUAGUCGGUUCACCAACCGCGGGGGCGAAUGGCGGGGCCGCGACUGCGACGACAAGGAUCCCACUGUGUAUCCUGGCCGCAACACUGUGGACGCUGUCAAGGACGAGAACUGCAAUGGUAUUUUUGGAGUGGACAGCGCCACAGGAACAGCGUAUGAGGAAGUGUGGUGUCGUAACUCCUCGCCCAUGGGGGUUAUUGCGCUGGGGGACAGCGUCACUGCGCAUUUUGGCAUUCCAGAAGAUUUUGUGAGGGUUUACGAACUUUCGCAUGACGCUUUCGCACAUUUUACGCGCAUCAUAAAUAAUAGGUUCGAUUGGCCCAUGCUUUCUGCUAUCACUGGCUUUGCCCAUGCGUCGGACUACAAACCGAAUCGCAAGGGUCCCAUGAAGUCAUUGUACAACGAGUUGGUGAAGCGAAACAAAUGUAACCAUCGAGACUACCAGAACCUUGGCGUGAACGGCGCCACAACCGCGCGCCUUAGUGAAAUGAUGGAUGUUGUUGCCCGGAACCGAACUGAGUCUGUCAAGCCGGCCAUUUUGUUCUUCGCAAUGAUUGGGAAUGACGUAUGCGAUCGUCCUCCCGCCGUCACUACUCCAGCAGAGUAUUACGCGCACUUAACCACUGCCCUAGAAAAGGCUGAGGCUCUAUUGCCUGCUGGAAGCCAUGUUUUGAUACUUCCUGUUUCAGAUGGACGGGUCUUGUACGAUGAAAUGCACAAUCGCACGCAUCCUAUAGGGAGUCUUCAUAACGAUGUAACAUAUGCCGAAUUUUACGACUUUUUGAAUUGUGUUGACAUUUCCCCUUGUUGGGGUUGGCUUAAUAGCAACGAAACGGUCCGUGAUGCCACCUGGAAGACGGCUCAGUCACUGAACGCGCAAAUACCUCGUAUUCUAAAUGAAUCUGCAGCAAAAUUUAAAAACAUUCAGGUUCAUGCCCUUGAUGAUGUCGUUGCGAGUAUGCUUCGUUUGUUUGACGGGCCCCUCUGGGAACUCAUUGAGCCUGUUGAUGGUUUUCAUCCCUCACAACUCGGUACUGCUUUGUUGGGUGAAUUAUUGUUCAAUAAAACGAGCGAGUUGGGCAUUAUUCCGCCAGUUAACCCGUUUAAUAACGAUAUCAGUGAACGUUUUGGUGAUCAAGGUGGUUAUUGA